GUUCAGACAUAUAGCAGUUAUCCAAAAACACUAUGGAUCACUGGUGAAUCUCCUCCAGUCUCUCUGAUCAUCAAUCCCAACAGAACUCAACACUUGACUGGUGACUCUCUCACACUGAGCUGUGAGGACCAGAGUAACUCUACUGGAUGGACAGUGAGACGACACACACCUGGUCAGAGAGUGUCAGAUUGUUCAUGGUGGGAAUCAGUUACAGGAUCUACAUGUAAUAUCAGCUCCCUCGACACAUACCACACUGACGUUUACUGGUGUGAGUCUGAAUCUGGAGAAAACAGUAAUCCUGUCAACAUCACAGUGCAUGAUAGACCACGCCCAGUACUGAGUGUAUCGCCACAGAAUUGGGUGACUGAAGGAGUCUCAGUGACUCUAAGCUGUGAAGUUAAAGACUCCUCUACAGACUGGACAUUCAGCUGGUACAGAGAGGUUCCCUACAGAGACAUUUAUGGACAUAUCAGGUAUAAAGAGGAACUCCUCUUAGACAGCAGCAGAGGAUAUUGCAGCUUCUACACUAUCAGUCCUGCUACUCGUAAUCACACAGGAGUUUAUAUGUGCAGAGGAGAGAGAGAUGAACAGCAGGUUCAGACAGAUCACAGCAAUUCACAGCCACUAUGGAUUACUGGUGAAUCUCCUCCAGUCUCUCUGAUCAUCAAUCCCAACAGAACUCAACACGUUACUGGUCACUCUCUCACAAUGACCUGUGAGGACCAGAGUAACUCUACUGGAUGGACAGUGAGACGAUACAGACAUGAAUGGUAUUUGUCAACUUAUUUAUGGUGUGCAUCAGAUACAGGAUCUACAUGUAAAAUCAGCUACCUCGACACAUCCGACACUGGAGUUUACUGGUGUGAGUCUGAAUCUGGAGAAAACAGUAAUCCUGUCAACAUCACAGUGUAUGGGACAUCACGCCCAGUACUGAGUGUAUCUCCCCAAAGCUGGCUGACUGAAGGAGACUCAGUGAUCCUAAACUGUGUGGUUACAGACUCCUCUACAGACUGGACAUUCAGCUGGUACAGACAUGUUCCCUACAGAGAAAGUGAUGGGGGUAUCAGGUAUAAAGAGAAACUUCUCUCAGACAGCAACAGAGGAUGUGGAGGCUCCUACAUUAUCAGUCCUGCCACUCGUUAUCACACAGGAGUUUAUAUGUGCAGAGGAGAGAAAGACGGACACCAGGUUCAGACAUCUUACAGCAAUUUACUGCCACUAUGGAUCUCUGGUGAAUCUCCUCCAGUCUCUCUGAUCAUCAAUCCCAGCAGAACUCAACACUUUACUGGUCACUCUCUCACAAUCACCUGUGUGGACCAGACUGAUUCCAUUGGAUGGACAGUGAGACAACACAGACAUGAAUGGUAUUGGACAACUUAUUUAUGGUGUGCAUCAGAUACAGGAUCUACAUGUGCAAUCAGCUCCCUUUCCACAUCACACACUGGAGUUUACUGGUGCGAGACUGAAUCUGGAGAAAACAGUAAUCCAGUCAACAUCACAGUGCAUGUGACACCACGCCCAGUACUGAGUGUAUCUCCACAGACCUGGCUGACUGAAGGAGACUCAGUGACUCUAAACUGUGAGGUUACAGACUCCUCUACAGACUGGACAUUCAGCUGGUACAGACAUGUGCCCUACAGAUACAGUUUUAGAGAUAUCAGGUAUGAAGUUGAACUCCUCUCAGACAGCAGCAGAGGAUCUCGAGGCUCCUACACUAUCAGUCCUGCUACUCGUAAUCACACAGGAGUUUAUAUGUGCAGUGCUGAGAGAGACGGACAGCAGGUUCAGACAGAUCGCAGCGAAUCACAGCUACUAUGGAUCACUGGUGAAUCUCCUCCAGUCUCUCUGAUCAUCAAUCCCAACAGAACUCAACACUUUACUGGUGACUCUCUCACACUGAGCUGUGAAGACCAGAGUAACUCUACUGGAUGGACAGUGAGACAUUAUACACACCGAUGGGGAUUGCCAACUUGUUCAUGGUGUGCAUCAGUCAUAGGAUCUACAUGUAAAAUCAGCUCCCUCUCCACAUCCUACACUGGAGUUUACUGGUGUGAGUCUGAAUCUGGAGAAAACAGUAAUCCUGUCAACAUCACAGUGCAUGAUGGUAAUGUGAUCCUGGAGAGUCCUGUCCAUCCUGUGACUGAGGGACAUCCUCUGACCCUACGCUGUUUAUAUCGCAACACAAAGUCCUCAAUCCUCCAAGCUGAUUUCUAUAAAGAUGGAUCAGUUCUCCAGACACAGACUACAGGAGAGAUGAUCAUCCAUAAGGUCUCAAAGUCAGAUGAAGGUUUCUACCACUGUAAUCACUCAGUGAGAGGAGAGUCAGAGAAAAGCUGGGUCUCAGUCAGAGGUGGGAAAUCAGGUCCUUCAUAUGUAAAACCUCCCAUCAUGCUGAUCAGUAGUGUAGUGACGGCCUUCUCAUGUCUACUGGUGACCAUCAUUCUGCUGUUUAAAUGUUACAGAGCUCGAGCAUAUAACCCUCAGCACUCGGUGGAACUAACGUUCAACAACUCUCAGAGAUGGCAACUGACAGCUCAAACUGAUGAAGAGGGAAUUGAGAAUCCAGUUGUGGAGGAGUGAGCAGAGUUACUGUGUAAGAAGAGGAAGUUGUGGUGUUUUCUUUAAGGAUAAUCGAUCGCUUGUAUAAUAAUUAUUAUUAUAAUACAUUGUUUGCUUUAAUGUCAGGCUUUUAAUAGCACAGAAUCUUAUAGACUGCUUAGUUGAGUUUGUUUAGCUGAAGCCUGCAAAUACUGCUAACUGAAAGAAGCGAGAGAAACUAAACAAUAAUUUAACAAUAAUAAAACGAUAAUGUAACAUACAUAUGCAUUUGCUGUAGAAGUGGAUUUAAUUCCAGUAUUACAAUCGGCACCAUAACACCUCAAAACAUUUCAUCUUAUAUUACUUACAAACAUCUUUUGUUCACUGAUGAUAAUCUUGAAAUGCAUAUCCAACAUUUUUUUAAUUUUUAAAAACAUUUUAUUAAAACUUGUAUUUUUACUAAAACAUUUUUUUUUCAUUUCAAAUAUUAAUAAUAAAGUAGAAAAAAAUUAUCUUAUAUUACUUACAACCAUCUUUUGUUCACUGAUGAUAAUCUUGAAAUGCAUAUUCAAUAUUUAAAAAUUUUUAAAAAAUAUUUUUAUUAAAACUUGUAUU